AGUAAAAUUCGUUUGCCUUUUCGCUUUUGCCGACCCGCUUUCGCUUUCGAGCCCCCCCCCCCCCCCCCCCCCCCAGUGGUGACAUUUUUGCCCCGACUGGGAGGGGGGGCCUGGCCGGUGACUUCGGGGGUUUGCCCCCACCGCCACAGCUAAAUGUUAGACGAGGCCCUGGUUUCUAUGCUGCUUGGUCUGGCGCACCCAGAAACUCGGAGCCUGCACCGUCUGGCGCCGCUGUUUAUCAGCCGGGUGCGGCUCGUGGGAGCGUCUGCAGGGGGUGGCACCGUGGGACGGCUCGGCUGCCGCCGCAGCGGCCCGACACACCACUCCGGGACGUGCGCCACUCCUGGACAGACGGUGUCGGUGCGGCAGCCGCUCUCAUUCACCCACUCCUCAGUGGCUCCUGGCCAUGCUGCGCGCUGUGCUGCUGGCGACCGUGGCGACGGCCGCGGCCGCUGCUGGUGACGGUGUCACCAGUCCCCGGUACAUGGCCACCUGCUACUACGGCACCUGGGCGGUGUAUCGGCCCGGACUGGGCAAGUUCGACAUUGAGGACUUCAACCCGUACCUCUGUACCCAUGGCAUCUACGGCUUUGCCGGUCUGGAUCCCAACACCAACCAGAUCAAGUCGCUGGACCCGUGGAACGAUCUGUAUGAUAACUAUGGCAAAGGCGGCUUCAUUCGCUUCACCAACCUAAAGAAGCUCAAUCCCAACUUCAAGGCCAUUCUGGCCAUCGGCGGAUGGAACGAGGGCUCGGAGAAGUACUCAUCGAUGGCAGCUGAUGCGUCAAAGCGCACCACCUUCAUCCAGAGCUGCGUUCAGUUCCUGAAGAAGUACAACUUUGACGGUCUGGACAUGGACUGGGAAUACCCUGCCGAGAGGGGAGGACAGCCCAUCGACAAGACUGACUACGCCUUGCUGAUCAAAGAGCUCAAGACGGCGUUCGAGCCCGAGGGUCUUUUGCUCAGCGCCGCCGUUGGACCUGGCAAGACCACCAUCGACGAGUCCUACGACCUCGACAUCAUGGCCCAGUACCUGGACAUUUUCAACGUGAUGGCGUACGACUACCACGGUGCGUUCGACCCGUUCACGGGCCACGUGGCGCCGCUAUACCUGUCACCACAGGACCUGGAGCCCGGCCACGAGGCCUAUCAGUACUUCAGUGUCAACUUCACCGUCAACUACUACAUCGAGGGCGGAGUGCCGCCGCACAAGAUCGCCAUGGGCAUCCCGCUGUACGGGCGCGGCUUCACGCUGGCCGACCGGAACCAACACGGCCUGUACGCGCCCAUGUCGGGAGGGAUGCCGGCCUGUCCGUACACUCGCACCGCCGGCGUAUGUGGCUUCAAUGAGAUCUGCGUGUACCUGGACGAGGGCGGCUGGACGUCCGUACGCGACCCAGACCAAAAGGCCAUCUACAGCUACAAAGACCUACUGUGGGUGGGAUACGACGACCUCGAGUCCAUCAACCUCAAGACGCAGUACAUCAAGGACAUGGACCUGGGAGGGUCGAUGGUUUGGUCGGUGGAGACGGACGACUUCCGCGGCCUGUGCGGCUUCGGCACCACCAACCCGCUGAUGAACGCCAUCUGGACCAGCCUGAACGGCGACAUCCCCCAGCCCACGCCCGGCCCGCAGCCGACCGGCCAGCCGACCGACACACCGGUCACCACCGAGCCGCCGGCGCCGACGGCGCCUCCCAGUCACAUCUGCAAGAACCCCGGCCUCAACCCGGACCCGGACCGCACCUGCUCGCCCGUCUUCUACGCCUGCGUCUGGAACGGCGACCACUGGGAGGUCACACAGGAGGAGUGCGCGAACGGCACCGUGUUUGACGCCACGGCCAGCACCUGCAUCUGGAGCUACGAGUCUGACGAGUGUGACACUGCCGGACACCGCGGCCUGCGGGCCUAGGCCUGCGACUGGUGCCGCGGCCGACUGCGGCCGACCGGCGCAGUGGCUCACUACACUCUCCACAGUGUGCUGCAUCCAAAUUACGAGUCGCCCAAUACACCAUGUGGCUAUUGAA